AUGUUUCCGACUGUUGUUAGAAGUCCCUAUUUUGAAAGUCAAAAAGAUAGAAUCAAGAAGCAACUUGAAGAAACAAGAAAUACUAUGGCAAAAAAUGUUGAAAUGAUGACACAGAAUAUUGCUACAGCAGAGGAAUUAGAAAUCCAAUCAAAUGAGAUGUCAAUAAAUGCUCAACAAUUUAAAAAACAAGCAGUAGUGUUGAGAAAAACAUAUUGGUGGAAGAAUUUCAAGCUUUGGUUACUUAUUGUUAUUUCUUUAGUAUUAAUAUUGUGUUUAAUUGGUGGAAUAGUUACAUUAGCUGUAAUUAACCUGAAAUAA